AUGAACGAUUAUAAAAGAAUUGCUGAAGGUUUAGCUAAUGUAAAUAGGUUUAAUCCUGAAAUAUUCGGAUAAAUAGAACAUUAUGUUUUAAGGAAUUUAUCUAUGGAGUAUGAAUUGAAAACUAUAGUGGAUAUAGUUUAUGCUUUUGGCAAAGGAGAUAUGGGAUCUAAAAUAUUUUAUGAAGCAGUUUAGACGACAAUUUUUAAAGGACAUUUUUUGUAAAGGAGUGUUUUGUUUAAAAGAAAUGAAUUGCCUUAUAAUGGAUAUACUACAAGUAAACUUUUGGGAAUAUUUUCUCAUGCAAAACAUAGAAUUUAAGAUUUCGAACUAGAACCUGAUUUUCAAGUUUUUAUGUAUAAUUUGAUUAUGAAUUAAUAAACGGAAUACAAUAUGAUUGUAUAAUUUAAUUGA